UGUUUUGAAAGGGAGUGUCCAUUUUUUUCAUGACACUCAGCAACACUGGGGCUGUCCUAAAAAUAUAUAUAGAUUAUAUGUUAUUUUACAACUAGUUACAUCGUCAUUAGAUCUGAAUACUUGCCAAGGUCAGAAUUAGAUUAAAUAAUAAUAAUAAUAAUAACAACAACAUUACGUCUGUUUUCAUACAGCACACAUAAAUAAAAGCACACAUAAAUAAGACACUUUUUUUUUUUUUUAACUUGUUUUGGAAGAUGACUGAAGAGGAGUUGUAUGUAGACUACAGAGGCUUGUACAUACCUGCCGCGCUGUACUCUCCCGAAAGCCUGAAAUAUGCAGAGGAAUUCAAUGUUCGAGAUGAUGACAUCUUUAUAGGGACUUAUCCAAAGUCUGGUACAACAUGGAUGCAGGAAAUGGUGCCUCUUAUAAUGAGUGGAGGAGAUUUGAAACCUGUACUGACUAUACCAAGCUGGGACCGGGUGCCAUGGCUGGAGUUAAACAGAGCCAUAGAACUGAAGCUGGAAGACAGACCUUCCCCCAGGAUACUGGCCACACAUUUCCAGUACCCUAUGAUGCCAAAGUCAUGGUUCAAUUCUAAAGCAAAGAUGGUUUAUGUAAUGCGGAAUCCGAAGGACGUUUUUACAUCUUACUAUCACUAUUGUAGAAUGGCAGCUUACCUGGUUGAUCCAGGCACCUGUGAUGAGCUUCUGAUGAAAUUUCUAAAUGGAAAAGUGUUGUUUGGCUCCUGGUUUGAUCAUGUGAAAGGAUGGCUGAAUGCAAAGGAAAAAGACCGCAUUCUGUACUUGACAUAUGAAGAGAUGAUCAUGGAUUUGAAGGGAUCCAUUUCUAAGAUAUGCAGUUUCCUUGGCAAGUCUCUGAGUGAAGAGGUGAUGGAGAGAAUUGCAGAUCACUGCACAUUCAAGAACAUGAAGCAAAACAAGAUGUCCAAUUACUCCCUGGUACCAAAGCAAUUCAUGGAUACGUCAAGAUCCGAGUUCCUGAGAAAAGGGAUUUCUGGGGACUGGAAGAACUUUUUCACAGUAGCACAAGCAGAAUUCUUUGACUCGGUUUACAAAGAGAAAUUGAAAGACGUCGAUUUCAAAUUUAUAUGGGACAAAAACUGAAGCCAUGAUCAGCAGCAAAAUGUCCAGAUGGAGGCAGAGAAUAAAACAGACAAAUGCAAGAUGGCUGACAUAUUUUUAAUAAACACACAACAAUACCAUAUACUUGUGACCCUGGCACAGUGUGUGGUGUGACUGUGAGAUUUUUAAAUAGGUGUCCUGGUAUUAUACAAACUGCAAUACUAAAAACAAGCUGUUGGUUUAUACUACCACAUAUCUUAUUAUUUGUAAAACCAAACAAAUAAAAAUGUGAUGCCAA